AUGAGUUCAGCCGAGUUGGCCGCUUUCGAGAAUGAACUCAAAGAAUACUCACUGCAACUGGAGACAGUGCAGUCAAGUCUACAAGAUGACCCAGACAACACUGAACUACAAAGCCUGAAGUCGGAACUUGAAGAAGUUAUUUCCCUCACCGAAGCUGCCAUUGCAGAACUAAAACCUGCUUCAGUGCCAGCGCAUUCUGCAAAGCCUUCUCCGCCACCGGUGAAAGAGAAAUGGUCCAAAGAAAACCACCCAGCUUAUCAAGCCGGCUACCGGAAACCCGAUGUUGAAGAAGAGCCACACACCCCAACCACAUUCGCGGUCAACGACAAUGUCAUGGCUAGAUGGAAAUCAGGCGACGGGGGAUAUUAUGCCGCUAGAAUUACGUCGAUUACCGGCUCAUCGAGCGACCCGGUGUACAUUGUCACCUUUAAAAGCUACGGAAACACGGAGACACUGAAAUCCAGAGACAUCAAGCCAUUAUCGAAUGAGGCAAAGAAGCGGAAAGCUGAUGGCAUCUCAGGAUCAUCCACUCCGGUUCCUGCGCCGCCCAAUCCAAGCGUCAUUUCUGCAGCGGCCAGUGUCGAUCCCACUCUGGCCCAGCAGGCCAAACGAGAGCCCAGCAAAGUCAGCGAUGGCCCUGUCAGACCGGCCAAGAUACCACGCAAGGUGAAGGCGAACAAAGAGUUGGAGGCGGGCAAGACCAAGUGGCAAGACUUUGCGGCCAAAUCCAAGGCCGGCAAAUUUACCAAGAAAGAAAGCAUGUUCCGCACUGGACAAGGUGUGAAUGCCAGAGUUGGCUUCACUGGUAGUGGACAUGAGAUGCGCAAAGAUCCCACCCGAACACGACAUAUUUACCAACAAGGCAACUCGGACGAAUGA